AUGUCACAGCCAUGGGAUUAUAUUGCUAAGCUUGUCUGCAUUGGCGACUCUGGCACCGGCAAGUCCAGUCUCACCGUCCGGCUUUGUGAAGGUCGCUUUUCCCCAUCUCACGAUGUGACCAUCGGGGUUGAGUUUGGAUCACGGAUUGUGCCAGUUGGUCCCCCAGCUUCUCUAGAGCUCGAACUCAAUAAGCCUUCUCCCAACUCAGCGGGUGAGACAUCACCAGAAGCAUCUACCACCUCGGGCCUUCCUACCCCUCCACGAAAGCCUCAAGGUUCCCCUAGUCAAAAGCGCAUGAAACUCUCUCUAUGGGACACGGCUGGACAGGAAACUUACAAGUCUAUCACGCGCUCAUACUUUCGGGGUGCUUCUGGGGCUCUCCUGGUAUUUGAUAUAUCCAGGCGUUCGACGUUUACAUCGUGUACUCAGUGGCUGAAUGAUCUACGGCAAAUUGCAGAAGACGGCAUUGUUGUCAUUUUGGUCGGUAAUAAGACUGAUCUGACGGGGGUCAGUUCUGGAUCAAAUCAAAGGCAAGUCACCCGGGGGGAGGCCGAGGAAUGGUGUCGCAUGAACAACGUGGUCCGCUAUGUUGAAACGAGCGCCAAAUCUGGAGAUGGGGUUGAAAGAGCGUUCCUGGAAGUUGCUGAAAGAAUUUAUCGUAACAUUGAAACGGGAAAAUAUGACCUCAAUGAUCGGCGAAGCGGUGUGAAAGGGUUUGGUGCAUCAGGAGGAGCAAAUGCGGGGGUACCUAGAACCGUUACGUUAGGGAUGGAUGAUGCAAUGCGCAAGGGUGGCAAUGGUUGGGCUGGAGGGUGUUGCUAA